GAGCUGCGCCGAGCUGAGCCGGGGGCUGCGGAGGGCGGCGGAGCCGAGCGGCUGGGCGGGCCUGGCCAGGCCGGUGGAGCGGAGACGGCGCUCGAGCGGCGGCGAACAUGCGCUUUUGACACUGUGGAGGCUUUCUUGAUCAUGGAUGGUGAAGAUAUACCAGAUUUUUCAAGUUUAAAGGAGGAAACUGCUUAUUGGAAGGAACUUUCCUUGAAGUAUAAGCAAAGCUUUCAGGAAGCUCGGGAUGAGCUAGUUGAAUUCCAGGAAGGAAGCAGAGAAUUAGAAGCAGAGUUGGAGGCACAAUUAGUGCAGGCUGAACAAAGAAAUCGAGACUUGCAAGCUGAUAACCAAAGAUUGAAAUAUGAGGUGGAGGCGUUAAAGGAGAAACUGGAGCAUCAGUACGCACAGAGCUACAAGCAGGUCUCGGUGUUAGAAGAUGAUUUAAGCCAGACUCGGGCCAUUAAGGAGCAGCUGCACAAGUAUGUGAGAGAACUGGAGCAGGCCAAUGAUGACCUGGAGCGAGCCAAGAGGGCAACGAUAGUUUCAUUGGAAGACUUUGAACAGAGGCUAAAUCAGGCCAUAGAACGAAACGCAUUUUUAGAAAGUGAACUUGACGAAAAGGAAUCUUUGUUGGUUUCUGUACAGCGGUUAAAGGAUGAAGCAAGAGAUUUGAGGCAAGAACUAGCAGUUCGAGAAAGGCAACAGGAAGUGACCCGGAAGUCGGCUCCCAGUUCUCCUACCCUGGACUGUGAGAAGAUGGAUUCUGCUGUCCAGGCAUCCCUUUCCUUGCCAGCUACCCCUGUUGGCAAAGGGACAGAAAACAGCUUUCCAUCGCCGAAAGCUAUACCAAAUGGUUUUGGUACCAGUCCACUAACUCCUUCGGCUAGGAUAUCAGCACUAAACAUUGUGGGGGAUCUCUUACGGAAAGUAGGGGCUUUAGAAUCCAAAUUAGCAGCUUGCAGGAAUUUUGCAAAGGACCAAGCAUCACGGAAAUCCUAUAUUUCAGGGAAUGUUAACUGUGGGGUGAUGAACAGCAACGGCACAAAGUUCUCUCGAUCAGGGCAUACGUCUUUCUUCGACAAAGGGGCAGUAAACGGCUUUGACCCAGCUCCUCCUCCUCCUGCCCUGGGCUCCUCGCGCCCCUCAUCGGCACCCGGGAUGCUGCCGCUCAGUGUGUGAGUGCCCGGCCCCUGGGGGCACCUGCCCUCCUCCAGCAACCCAGAAUCCCUCCCCCCGCCUUGCUCCUCGGUGCCUGGGCCCUGCCCUGUGCGCCGCCUCCUGCUCCCUACACGGCUGGCCGAGGGCAGGCUGCGUGCAGCGGUGGCUGCUGGGCCCCGCCCAGACCCAGGACUCUGCGCGAUCUCAAUACUGGCUGUCUUCUCUUCUUGCCGUAGUGCCGUUGGUUUCACAUGAUUGCACUUUUGUGGGUCACGAGGUGAUACGUACUUGUAUUACUUGGUCACUGGAUGCAGACGUACCCAUUCGUCACACCUGCCUCAUAGCCCCGCCCUGCUGUACUGAUAGGAUUUAGUUGUGCUUAGGACAUUGCCAAUCUUCUCGAAGUUCUUCCCUGAAUCAGGUUGACCCGUGCCCUCCUCCUGAGUGCCCCUGGGCGUCGGCAGAGCUCACGAUCAUGUGUCCCCCAGUCCCAGUCCCCUGUGGCGGGGCCUGUUCCUGCCUGGAGUCAGGAAGGUCAGUGAGUGAGGAAACGUUUCCUGAAUCUUCCGGUUUUAAGUAGCAGCCGCCAUUAUCCAGCCAGCCUCCUGGAGCAGCAGAGGGCCAGGGCCCAGAGUGUGUGGGAGGCUGGGCCACCAGGCCUCCUCCUCUGCGUGCCUCAGAUGGGGGUGGGGUGGGGGCAGCCACCUCCCCAUGCCAGCUUUUUGGUCCUUUGGCAGUGCGGUGACAUCUAGAGCGUGGUCCGUCCCCUUCCUGGGGGCCGUGGCAGGUGUGUCAGGAAGAUGGGGGCUGGCUGACUACCCGUGGCUGUCCUGUGCAUCCUUUGAUUACUCAUGCUGCAUUUACUGUUUACAUUUGUUUUAUUGUACAUAGGUUUGUAAACAUUAUUGCCUAAGAUAUUUGUAUAUAACUUGGGCUUUGUAGCUUUUAUUUAUUCAGAACUCACAUGGCAUGUUACUGACUUCCGAUGGUGUCCUGCUCUGGGCAGCUGUAUAGGAUCAUCAUGAGGUUAAAAAACAACACUUCCCUCCCCAAAAAUCUUUUAAUGUGGAAACAAUAAAUUUCACAGAAAAAGAGGAUUGUGGUUGUCUUCUUGGUUCCUGCCGUCUGUGAGAAGAACUCGAGUGCUUGUGUGCUGAAGGGGGCGUCGGCCAGACUGCGAUCCUGGCAUGGCACCCAGAGGAUGCAGCUGGCCUCUGGGGGUCGUCGUUGGGACCACAUGAGCUCUUGUGCUGCUUAUAGGAGCAACCUCGGAGUGGCAGGGGCUGGCGGGGGCCACCGGGCAGCUCUGGAGCCACAUGCCUGUGGGAUGGAUGCUGUCGAGGAUUCAGUGGCCGGAGGGCCUGUAUAUGCCCGUGAGCAGAGAGGGUGUCAGGUGUUGGGUAGUAAGAUCCCAGGUGACACGUUGAGGUGUGCGUAGGUGGCAUCUGAAUGUGGCUGGUUCCCACUGGUGGUUGCCCAUGGCAGGAGGAGCUGUGAACCGUGCGCUUGCUCACACAGCAGCAUCGUUGGAAUAGUGUCUCUCGGGUAGGAGACCCGCCCGCCUGCCACUCUGGGAGCUUGUGGCUCACUCCAAGAGGGGCUUUUGUCUUCAAGAGGUGCUGGGGCUCCUGGUUGCUUGUCCCCCCAUUUGGAAGAGAGGUAUUGGCAUCUAACAGGUGUCUUCUGCAGCAACCCCAAACAGGAACAUGAACUAGCCAGUUGAAACGAGGAGGAGGUUGGCACCCUGUGUUCAAUCCCUGGCCCUUGGGGUUUCAGUGUCUUUGCCUUGGGUGCCUUGGGGCUCAUCCAGUCUACCCUCUGUGACUUGGUGGGACACCACCCUUGGGUCCAGGGGAGCGGGAGCAGGCCACCCUGUGCGGGCUGGGCUUGUGGAGAUCCAGUUUGGUCUUUACGUUCAGACUCCACAAGGGAACCUCAUGAUGCAGCAGGCCUUGAUGUCGGCUUUUCAGGGCAUCCUCUGGCUCCUCGAUGGUGUCCUGUCUAGCUGAAGAUGGCUCCCGAGGGGCUCCUUUCCCUAGGGCUGCCCGCCUUCCAGCGUUGUCCUCCAUGCUGGGUCCCCUCAUGGGGUGGUCUUCCCUGCAAGAGGGGCUGCUGCUCCAGGGGUUGACACAGUGUCUGUGGGCAGCAGUUUCAUCUCACUUCUCACCCCUU